CUUUCUAAAUAGUGAAGACAGGGUCGACUUCUGUUUCUUUUGAGUUGUUUUACUCUUUCCUGAUAAACUAUUUUAGUUUAGGCGACUGACACAGCCCCUCCAACCAUACAUCCCUCGCUGGCAUGGACCAGUUUCAUUGUCAGCCUAUCAGCCAUCAGGUGACCAACUUUCCACACACUCUUCUACUUUACUUUUUUAUUGAAUAAACUUAUUAUAAACUAGUACUUGAUAGAAUAAACAAAGAAGAAAGUAACUUUUUUUUUUUUGGGGGGUGGGGAAGUGUUAGAGAGAUAAGAAAGAGCACAUUUUCUAUCUUAUUUUCGUAACCCAGAAAAACAAAAACCCCAUGAAGGGGCACUAGGCAAAACUCAUGGAAAUGGGUUCGGGCUCUUUGACUGAGUCGGGCGGUUCUCCCACCAACUCUUCCGCCGAGUCACUCAACGGCUUGAAGUUCGGUAAAAAGAUCUACUUUGAGGAUACAGCCGCUGUCGCCGCCGCCGCUGGUGGUAAAAGUGUUGGUGGUGGUGCAAACAUAGGGACUCCAUCCAAGUCCGGUCCAGCAUCUUCAAGCUUAGCCGGGUCGUGUAGGAAAGCCAGGGUUGAUGGAAUGGCGCAAGGGGUUCUGCCUUCUAGGUGUCAAGUAGAAGGGUGUAAAGUGGAUCUGAGUGAUGCUAAGGCUUACUAUUCAAGGCAUAAGGUUUGUUGUAUGCACUCUAAGUCAUCUAAAGUCAUUGUUGCUGGUCUCGAGCAAAGAUUUUGUCAGCAGUGUAGCAGAUUUCAUCAGCUUUCUGAAUUUGACAAAGGGAAACGGAGUUGUCGUAGACGGCUUGCAGGUCACAAUGAGCGACGCAGGAAACCACCACCUGGAUCAUUAUUUUCCUCUCCUUAUGGCCGGCUUUCUUCUUCUAUUAUUGAAAAUGGCAGUAGAGGUGGAAGCUUUAUAGUGGAUUUCUCAGCAUACCCAAGGCUUUCAGGAAGGGAUGCAUGGCCAGCAGCUCGAUCGUUAGAAUGCAUAACUGGAAAUCAAAGCACAGCCACUGGAAGCUCAUUUUCACAUCCACGGCAAAACAACUCCAGCAAACCUCCUCAUGACCAUUUCUUGCAAGGUUCACCAUGUGGGACUAGUUUCUCCAGCACUGGAAUUUCUCCAGGAGAAUGCUUCACAGGGUCUGGUGACUCAAGCUGUGCUCUCUCUCUUCUGUCAAAUCAACCGUGGGGCUCCAGGAACCAGGCUUUGAAUUUUUCUGUAAAUGGCGUGAUAAGUACUGAAGGGUCCUCUGCGGCACAACCAACAACGCUUCAUGGUGCAGUUGUGAACCCUUAUUCAAAUGCCUCUUUGGAUUUCAAUGGCAGUGACACUGUUCGCAGUUCUCACAAGAUGCUGCCACACCUAGAUUUGGGUCAAAUCCCAGACCCUGUUAACUGUCAAUUCUCUAGUGACCUUGAGUUGUCUCAACAAAGCUGGAGGUCAUAUAUCGAACAUGAGCAGUCCGGGGCAGCCUAUGACGACUCCAUGCAGCAUAUCCACUGGACGCUCUAAGUUUGUCAGUCCUAAGGCCAGUUUUCAUGCCCGGUUUUUUUGGUCAUGUAUGGCAAAUGGUGUUUCUGGGCAUCUGGUUUUAUGGUUUUUAAGUCGGAGUUGGAUAAACCCAAACUAUCCCUCGUAUCUGCUUGCUUAAGGUUUUAACAUGAUGGAUACGAAGGUGUUCCCCUGGCCUUACUAAUUAGCUGUCGAACCAUCCUUGCUUUAAAUUUAGUUUAGCAAAUUUGUUGGCAGUUGGCACUGACCAGAAAGAAUGGUUUGAAUAGUAGCUAUUAAAGACUGUAUCCAGUCCUAGGACCAACUAUUUAUGCCAUCAUUUGUUAACAAGAGUACGCAUGUGGGGUUGCCAUCACAAUCAUCUCUCAAUUAAAAAAAGAAAAAAUCUUUUAAUGAUA